AUGCCAGCGCCAUCGCCCCUCCCAACCUACCUCUACAAGAUCCUCCCUUCCGCCCCACCAUCACCCCUCCCCGACCGCCUGCCGCUCUCAGAUCUGGACCGCCAAGAUGGCUUCAUCCACCUGUCUACAUCUGAGCAGGUACCUGGUACUGCAGACAGGUUCUUUGGUAACUUCACAGAGCUGUGGCUGCUGAGGCUCAAGUACAGCGUGCUCGAAGCAGGCACAGACGGAGAUGGCAACGUCAAUGCGGACAACAAGGCGAGGAUCCAAUGGGACGAAGUCGGGCACGGUGCUUUUGCUCACUUCUACGGCGGUGACAUGGGCAAGGGAAACGUGCAGGAGGCUAUCAAGGUCGAGAAGAAGGGCACCUGGGCGGAGAGCUUGAAGCUUGAGUGGUGA